UCUUGUUCAUCCACUUUUUUAUUUCUUCAAUAUUUUAUGCAUAAAGUUUCAUCGUUUUUUAAUAUGUUUUUCUUCCUCGUUCUCCUUUUUUGAAAUGCUGGGGGACACAUUUCUAAUCUUUAAGUCUGUCUUCCUCUGGCCAUUAUAGUCUCCCCUUCUCUUUUUCCGUGGUGUGAAUAUAUAUAUCAUCACUCUCAUUGUUGUCAAGCAAGAGACAAGAAUAGAACAGAUAUAAUUACUUUGAAAUUCUCUUUCUCAACUCAAUAAACAUGGGGAGAGCUCCUUGCUGUGACAAAGCUAGCGUUAAGAGAGGCCCAUGGUCGCCGGAGGAAGACGCCAAGCUCAAGGCUUAUAUAGACGAAAACGGCAAUGGUGGCAACUGGAUUGCAUUGCCUCAGAAGAUAGGGCUUAAGAGAUGUGGCAAGAGUUGUCGUCUUAGAUGGUUGAAUUAUCUUCGACCAAACAUCAGGCAUGGAGGGUUUUCUGAAGAAGAGGAUAAUAUCAUUUGUACCCUUUACAUAAGCAUUGGAAGCAAGUGGUCUAUAAUUGCUGCACAACUGCCUGGGAGAACGGACAAUGAUAUUAAGAACCACUGGAACACAAAGCUUAAAAAGAAGCUCCUGGGAAAACAGAGAAAAGAGCAUCAUGCUCGGAGAGCAACCUGCCUUUCUUUUAACCAAGAAAUGAAGAGAGAAAGUGAGAAUUAUACGGUUCCUGGAACGGUGAACCAGGCAGCACACUGGCCACUGCUGCCACCACCAGUCAUGCCCCAAGAUCCCAUCAAGAAUCUGCUUGUUAAACUAGGAGGAAGAUUUUCCGAUUUACAUCCACAAGCAAGCCCCACUGCCAAAAAUCCCAUGAAUUUUCAAUACCCUCUCGAUUUUCCGUUUUCUCAAGACCAGCCAUAUGAGAAUUCCAUGAACAUGUUUUCAUCUGCUCCUUCUUCCCUUAGUCCCUUAAACAGUACUUGUUCUAAAGUCACAGACGGAAUUACCCAUUUUAAUGUUAACGAUGUCGAUGGUCCUAAUGAUGUGUUUCAAGGUCUUGAUGGUUUCCAAGCGGAGCUAAGUGAGCUGAUCUACAGCAACAAUCAACAAAUAUUAGAUGAGUUUGAUGGGUUUUAUGGAACAGACAACAUGGUCGAUGGCACCAGUACUGGGACUAGUUCUGUCGAAAGUAGGAGCUGGGGAGACAUAAAUUCACUGCUCUAUCCUCAAAUUUUGUCUGUAUUUGAAGCUUGCCGACAACAAAGCAUCCCACAGGUUUCUAACUAUGAAGAAUCAAGCUACUUCGGCCCACAAUGACAGCAAUGUAUAUAUAUGGGUGGUGUAAAUUUGAAUCAACUAGGGCAUUAGUUUGUUUUUUAUCCGAGAAUUUCAGAAA